GGGCUGCAGAGAGGAGAAGAGCUGGGAUGCAACGGCGGGGGGCGCCGCCGCCGCCGCCGCCGCCCGAGACUCCCGGCCGGGUGCAGAAUCCCUUCGAGAGUCCCGGCGACGUCCGCCACUUGCAGGAGCAGACCGUCUGCAGCCCCAGCGCCUUCCGAGCCGCCCCGCCCGCGGGAAGCCCCGGGCGAUUCAUGUGGUCUAUUGACGAGCUGGCCCUGAUCGACCCAGUGGAGAUCAACUCAGAGGACAUCCAUCGCCAGGCCUUCUACCUCAGCCAGACCAGGAUUGACAGGGAUGUCGAAGAACGGAAGCAAAGGGCCAUUGAAGAGUUUUUCACCAAAAGCACCAUUGUCCCAUCGCCCUGGACCAAUCCCAUCGGGAAACAGGAUUCUCAGCUGAAUUCAACCAGAUGUGUGGAACUCAACGAUGUUUCGCCCGUCGGCAGAGAAAUCGUCAUGCAGCCUGGGAAAAAUAAUGUUGCCUGUCAGACUGUGUUAUCUCUGCCUGUGGAUUUUGAUUUGGAAAAGAUACUGGGUGACUAUUUCAAAGCCGAUGAAUCAGCUGACCAGUCGCAGGAAAGCCUGAGCUCUUCCUCCUUGAGGAGGAAGCUCUUUCUGGAUGAAAACGGCAGCCUCUCCUCCGAGAACUUCCCCCCUUCUCCCAGCCUGCGUAAUGGUCCAGCUUCCCUGGGCGUCCUCUGUUCCAUCGACCUCUCUCCAGUCCGCUGCAGGAGCCCUCUGAGUUCUUCCAGCUCAGGCCACCUCUCGUCCAGCCCCAUCCAGGGGAAUGCCAGGGCAUACAGUUUGGGCAGCCUUCCCAGUCCUUCCUUGACACACAGGAGUCCGGCAAAUCUGGCGUCGCCCAGUUUCUCUCCCGUUGGCAUCCAGCUAAGGAAGACUCCACUGGCAGAUCAAAGGCAGUUCACGUUUCGCUCGCCGGAUCUGCCUUCCGUUCCCAACGUCUGCCGUCAAGCUCCCGCCAGCAGCAGGAGUCCCUACGUGGAAUACUCUCCGUUAAGGAGUCACUCGCCCAUGAGGCUCCUCUCCUGCCGGGGCGCCACGCUGUAUCAGAGCUCCUUCCUUCGCCUCCCUUGCACCCCGGAGAACUGCCAGGAAGAGCUGGCGGAAGCAGCCGAGGCCAUAUCGGCCGGGAGUCCCAGGGCGGGCCUGACCCCGAUAGACGUCCCAUCGGCGGGGUCUCCCUUGGAAAUAGCUGCUGAGUCUGUCUCACCAGAGACCCCCGAAGGAGUGGCGCUCAGGCCCGGCUUGGAGUCUCCCGGGGAGAAACGGACAGUGGAAAUUGCUGAUCCGGAGAUGCUGGAUGAGAACUCGGUGAAGGGGUUGUCUGAAUGCGACAGAGGGGCCGUGACUGGACUGAGCUUAGAGGGGUCUUGCAUCUGCAUGGCUCCUUUGGCAGAAAGCAGUGUUUCCCCCUGUGAGAGCAGCAGUCUGCAGAUGGACAGUGGUUACAAUACCCAGGCUUACACCAGCAGUCUCAUGGAUACAGCUGGAGGCGAGCUCAGCUACAGAGAGCAUGGCACAUUGGAGGCUCAGAGGAAAAUCCAUGUUUUCAGAAUGAAGCAGGGAAAAUCAAAAUCUGGAUACUGGGCUGAAAACGCUUGUCAAUCCAGCAGCCUCUUCUUGGAAGUGCCUUUGCCAAAAUGACCUGAGCUGGCAUAGAUCUGCUGCUAACUGGGAUUGAGAAAGAGAGACCAUCCACCAAAGCUGAAUGCCUAUUCUGACAGAUAACUUGACACUGGACUGGUACAACUGGCUUCCUGCAGCUGACGGGAAAUUGAACCCAAAGAUGAUCUGCCUGGCCAUAACCACCAAGGUGGCACUGGGAUGUUGUGGGCUACAUUUGUACACUUGGAUUCUCACAAGGACUCAGUUGGGGGUAGAACGCUGCCACGUCUCUUCGACAUGCAUUGAUCCUUGGUCUACCCAGGUACAGCCAGAUGUUUCUUAAUGUGGCAAUCAUAGGCUUAUUUCACCAGGCAGGGGCUUCCCUUGCAGGAGUAUUGCCAACAUACCAAUACGGAUGCCCCGGUCUUAAAUUUAAGGGGAAGUUUGGGAUUAGACGUCAACAACAUGCCAAAUGGUGUGGCAGAGCAACAAGGGGUUACCUUGUUUUCUGUGCAAAUCAAUAGCAUUUGUUUAAAAGGAAUCUCUUUCGCGUCUUGAUUACGCUAAUCGUAUCGGAGACGGAAUGAAUUUUUAAAUAAAAUGGUUGUGCUUUUUCCCGUUUUUCGAAGUUUUUAUUACCAAUGAAUGCAAAAUAGAACGACGUCCGUUUCAACAGGAGGCCAGAAAACAUUCUUUGUUAGAAUAAACCAACCUUUUGCACAAAAAGAAAAACAAACGUUCUGCCCAAUCAUUUUUUUUUUUCCCUCAAUACUGGACUGGAAUUGUGUUUCAUCAUUAAAAAAAAAAAAAAAACUUGAUACGUUUAAGGUAACGGUGGUCUCUCUGCCCAAUUUGUUAUACUCGCGGAAAAGUCCACAUUAGUAGCUUAGAUUGCUUUUGUUCUUGGUUGUUGUUUUUUAACAAGCACUGUGGUUCUGUACAAUAAGGAAACAUCCUUCCCCCCUUUUCUAUUAAAGCGGCCACCUUAGAUUGGCUAGUGCCAAGAUAGAAGCCAAAGAAUGGCUUGACUUCGUUUUGUUUUAACCUUUACAGGAACUACUGAACGCAUGUACAAAAUCCUAAAUCUCAAUCUCUGUAUUUAAUAAAUUGCCAUAACGUUAUCUUUUCCUGUCCCGAAGGUGCCUUUUUUUUCAAGAGGCAACUGGACACUCUGUUUUUUCUCUGAAGGCGUUUCGCUUCUCAUCCAAGAAGCUUCUUCAAUUGAAGAGCGAAAUGUCUUCAGAGCAAAACCAGAAACUCCACGUGCCUCUUGGAAAAAGCACCUCUUGGACAAUCAUGACCUGGAUGACUGAGAAUUUCCAUAGACAGGUUAUCUUUUGCUAUAUUUCAGCCUUGCUGCAAUGGCAAGGUUGCUGGGGAUCUCGGCAAUAGAGAAGGCACUUCUCCAUUUAACUUCACUUUAACUUUUCUUCCUUGGUGUUUAAUCCGUCCCUCCCUAAUUAGCUGGGAACUGGAUUUUUUUUACAGUGCUCAUUAAAUAAGUUAAGUAACUAGGGAUU